AACAGGUUUUUUCGCAUCAAAAAAAGUUGUUAAAACGUGUUACGGUACGUGAAUGAACUGUAAAUUAACACCGACAACAUGUCGAUGAAUAAAUAUAUGCAUCCACGAAAUAUCUACAAAUCACCGCCGAAUUUUAAGCAACUGGCAUUGGAUUUUCCCGAAUUUCAAAAAUUCGUCCAACAAGACUUCACUGGAAAGGUGUCGCUCGACUUUAAAAAUUUGGAAUCGUUGCGGGCGCUUUCCUGCGUGCUGCUAAAGAAGGAUUUCAACUUGGAUGUGCAUAUUCCUUUAAACAAAUUAAUACCAACAAUACCAUUGCGAUUAAACUAUAUUUUAUGGAUUGAGGACUUAUUACAACUGUUUGCAGAUAAAAGGAAAACCAUACAGGGCAUUGAUAUAGGCACUGGAGCGUCGUGUGUUUAUCCGCUGUUGGGUGCAAAGAAAAAUUCAUGGAGAUUUGUUGCUACUGAGUUGGAUUCAGAGAGUGUAGCAGUUGCUACAGAAAACGUAAAACGAAACAGUUUGGAACAUUUAAUUAGCAUUGUUCAUGUUCAAAAUGAAAACUUGAUCAUGAAUGUUGUGGGUGAUGGGAAGUUCGACUUCUGCAUGUGCAACCCUCCAUUCUUUUCCAGUCCAAAGGAACUGCAUCCCUUUUUUAAAGCAAGGACAAGGAAUAGGCCACAUCCUAAAAACGCGUUUUGCGCCACAGAAAACGAAGUCGUCUCUAAAGGAGGUGAAGUUGAAUUUAUUGCUAAACUUAUGCAUGAAAGUAAAAUGUUAGGUAAUAAAGUAGCAAUAUAUACAACAAUGAUAGGGCAUAAAAGUAGUAUUGCCCCAUUGAAAAAACUACUUAGAGAAUUAGAGGUGCAUAGUUUCAAAGAAUCUGAAUUCUGCCAAGGUAACACCACUAGAUGGGGACUUGCUUGGACCUUUGAGAACAUUGAUUUAAGGAAAGUAACGGACCCAGUAAAAUUGGCUUUCCUGAAAAGUAAGCCAAAACCACCAGUAACUCAUGUUAUACCAUUAGAAUCUGUUCAUGACAAUAGUUUAAAUAUUGUAACUGAUAAGAUAAUGGACAUGUUUAAAACUUUACACUUCUCUUGUGAAGAAGUCUCAAGAAAUAAAGUAAACUUAAGAUAUUACGUCACCGCAUUUUCAAAUACUUGGUCAAAUCAAAGAAGGAAAAGAAGAACUGAGAAAAGAUUAAAUAGCAGCAAUGAACUUGAAAUGGAAGAAAUUACACAUAAUAAUAAUCCUCCUGUGGAAGACCAUAGUGACAGUCAUAAAAGAGGAAGAGAAGAAAAUCUGGAGGGCUCAUUGUUUAAGAAGCUGAGGUUAUCAUCAGAAAGCAGUGAAGCCAGUGAAGGAGUAUUUUUUAAAUUUGUCCUAUCUAUUAAACAAUUUGAAAAAGGUAUUGUACUUGAUCUUAAUUGUGCAUCUGAGACUGACAACAGAGAUUACCUGUACCAAAUAUUGCAAUACAUUAAAAACAAUUAUAAAAGUUAAUAUUUGACAAUAAGAAUAAUAAAUAAUAAAUAAAAAAUAA